AUGGAGGGGUUCUUGAUUCGCGUACCACUGGAAGCCUGCUUUCCCGACACGUAUCCUGACGGGCCACAGACUUCGAGAGCUGAUGCCAGCAGAUCCGUCUCCUCGCGAGCGCUCUACUAUGUACUUGAAGAAGGGUAUUUGCGCGGCUACGACACACCAAACAGCGUCCGCGAGCCGGUUGAAAGUCUCCAGUUAACCGCUCAUCGUAUCGAGGUCAAUGUCAUGUACUCGCUCAACAUAUUCGAGAUCAAAGCGCAAGUCGUUACCGUCCAUCCAUCGCAACAACCUGUCAAUAAUUCGUUGAGAUCGGACAGCAUCGAUGACGACGAUCGAUGUACCACUACCACCACAGCCACUCAGGUGACUUCGACAGCACUGUGCGCGUCCCCGACGACGAGUCCAUCACCUCAGGGCGUGAUAUGUGGAAACUACCACACUGUGUUUUUUGCAGCAAACGGCGACCUGGUCAAGAAAUGGUCCUUGAAGCUGCUCAACUGGAAUCGUCAUGUCUUUGGACCUUCCACUGACCACAACGAAGCAGAACUGAAGCAGUCUAAUGUGGAACUAAUGCAGUCGUUGCAAGUCGUGAACGCUGCGAACCGAUUUCUGAGACCCAUUGACGUCAUGACAAUGCCCGAGGAGAGCAUAGUGGCAGAAGACAUGGCACUAACAGCAGCAACGUCACUUGGGAGUAGCCAAGUACGCUCUACUCCGGCGCCUGUCUACGUGUCAACGCUUGCCAGUAGCCCAAGUAAGCAUCCGGCAGCCGAAACAGGUCCAGGUAUCGACUCGAGCUCAGAUAAGCCUUCUGACUGGACCAUGCAGCCUCUUAGUUCGUGGUGGCCAACCCCGUUUGGACGUCACCGGAAGGUGUCGUCCUACUCUCUCAGGUGUUGA